AUGUCUGCUACUCAUGUCCAAGUGGUGAAGUGGAGUUUUCCUGCUUUUGCACUAUUAAUUGGUCUAUUGUGGUACAAACGUCGCAAAGUAGACAGAGCUGAUCCAGGUGGAAUUGAUAAAUCAGAUCAUAGUGAUAAAAGUUUAGCCAAUCGUAAGAAAGAAGUCACUUCAUCAAAGUCUGAUUUAAACUUUUAUGAUUCUGGUAUACACAUUGAUGAGUCAUUUUCACUGAAUUCUUCCAAUCAACCAAUAGAAGAAAUUAUUUGCAGUCCUAGGAAACAUAGUGAAAGUUUAGAUAUUCCACAAAGAAAGGGUAGUUCACAGUGUACAUCAGCGCAUUCUACAACUCCACCUAAAGACAGUCAAGUAUGGUACAGUUAUAUGGACACUUCGUCAAACAAGAUGGAUAUACAACUAGGCAGUAAUCCUAAAAUAAACAAUUUUGACAUGAUUGCCAGAAGUAGAAGUGCAUCUUCUUUAGAGAAUGCUACUGACUCCAGUAAUAAAGUGUUGAAGAUAUUUGAGAAUGUUGUUGAGGAAGAAGAGCAGAAGUUAUCUUGUGAAGAUAAUUCUGAAGAACUUAUCAAUACACAUGAAGAAAAUGACAUAAAUAAUGAGUGUGAUUAUCUUCUAAGCAAAGAACCACCUGCUGCUACUCCACCAAAAGAUGGUGUUAAAACUCCAGUACUAGUAUUAUCUGAAAGGGAUUCUGCCAAUCAUAGUCCAGUUUCUGGUGUUUUGGAGGGCAGUGUUACAGAUGAAGCUAGAAGUGAAGGAAGCACAGACAGUGGAAAAGGAGGAAGUAUCAAGGGUCACACAAAAGACAGUGCAGGUCCAGUGCUUUAUGAAUUUUGCAUACCACAACAUUUAGUUGGAAGAUUAAUCGGCCGUCAUGGAAAUUUCUUGCAUAGUAUUCGAUUGAAAGCUGAAGUACACAUAGUCGUUAAAAAUUAUCCUAUAAUGAAAGAUCAGAAAAUUUGUGCCAUAGAGGGUUCCUCAGAAGGAGUUAACAUCGCUCUCGACAUGAUACGGCAAAAGUUUCCAGAGGAGAAAUAUCCUAACGUGACCCUAGAACAAAUUUUGUCAUCAAAAACAUCAGAAGAGAACCAAUGGAUUACUGAGUUAAUGCAAUUGUCGUUAGUGGAGGGAGUAAACAAUGAUGUUGUUGUAUGUCAUGUAGUAAAACCAAAUCGAGUCUUCGUACAACUUCCUACUCACCCUACAUACCCAUCCUUGCGGAUUUUAGAAAGAAACAUGACACAAUUAUACGACACAAUAGAAACACCUCCAGUUCCAGAUGAACUUAGUAAGGGUAUGAUCUUAGUUGCAAAAUGGUACAAUAAUUGGGUAAGGGUAUGCGUUGAACAACCAGAUCCUCAUGGAGAACAACAUUUAGUACGACUCGUUGAUCACGGAGGCUAUUGGCAAUUUAGUAAUGCAGAAAUGAAAAAAAUUAGAUCAGAUUAUCUUACUCUACCGUUCCAAGCAAUUGAAAUAUUCCUGGCGAAUGUUCAACCGAAAAACGGUGAGUGGACGCAAGAGGCUCUUAAUGUAGUUGCUCAUAUGUGUUAUGGAAUUGUUGGUCAAGCUCAAAUCGAAGGCUACAUCAAUACGAGCACAUAUGUUAAUUUAUUUCUUAAUAUUCAUAACCAUGGGGUGAUAUCUCUUGCCGAUGAAUUAAUAGCCCGUGGAUUGGCGGAAUCUGUACCAUUAGAAAGCAUAGUUCCAGAAGACAGUAUAACACUUUCUUAAGGUAUGAAUUAGAAAUUUAGUCUUUAACAAUUGUGUUGU